UCACACAGUAGUUUUUCGGUCGUGAUCGAGUUCGUAAACGCGUGUUUUAGUACAAUUUUCUCGCAAUCCGUGUUCGUGAAAAAUUUGCUCUGGUACAUUUGAAAAAAAACCAGCAAGCAUUCUCUCUUUUGAUAAUAAAAUUUGCGUGCUUGUGAUGAAUCGAGUUUGUGGAAACGAAAUGUAGAAUCGGAAGCAAUCCCGUCUGCUUUCUAUAGAAGUAAGCAGAAAAGUUUAACGUUGCCUAUUUUGACGCUUGUGCAAAAAAAAAACGUGAGACAAUCGGUGUGUGAGUCAGCAGCAGCAGAGCCUGCAAGUUCCGUGGCAAAAGUACUGGUGACGGUGUACGCCUUCCAGUUGGUGAUCGAGUUCGGUGGUGGUGAAAGUGAAUCCAACACCUGGGAGAAACUUAUUCGUUUACUACGGACCUGAAGGUGUACGAUGGUUAAUUUGGGCAGCAACAAUAGCAAUAGCAGUACGGAAAGCAGUCAAGUAUAUCCCGGGGUGCACUAUUUGCACGAGUUGCCCCAGGCGGACGAAGAACGGCUGGAGAAAAUUUUCAACAAGCUCGACCGAGACGGAAAUGGUCGCAUCGAUAUCCACGAUUUGUCCGCAGCGCUGAAGGAAUUUGGACUGUCCCAUGCGUAUGCAGAGGAAUACGGACAUUCGUUAUUUUUUCAGCGUUUCCUUAAGCAAUCCGACCAGACGCAGAGCGGUGAUGUCGGCCUGGCCGAAUUCAUACACUACGUGCGGGAGCACGAAAAAAAUCUACGUUUGCAGUUCACCAAUCUGGACAAGAACCGGGAUGGAAUGGUGGAUCUUGAGGAGCUGAUAGAUGCCUUCAAGGAUCUUGGCAUCGAGAUGGACCGUCAUGAGGCGGCUAAACUACUUAAAAGGAUGGAUAAAGAUGGAAGUCUCAACAUAAGCUUCAACGAGUGGCGAGAUUUUCUACUGUUGGCGCCAUCUUCGGAUAUUCAUGAGCUCGUCAAAUACUGGAGGCAUUCUACUCAUUUGAGGUACAAUGAUGCUUACCUGAUGAUGGUUGGUCGUCACGUGACCUCGGAAAUAGUGCCUUCCAAUAAUGAAUCCCUUCUGCCGACAUUCGGGGCAUCCAAUAAUAGCAAGAAAGAAGUCGUUAUCACAAAGACUAGUACUAAUCAAAUUCCAACAUCAAACGACAACAACAACAACAACAACAACAUCGACAGUGAAGUCCUGUUGGGGAAGUCACUCGACGAAGAACAUGAAAUCCCUCUGCUAAGUCUGAUUGAUCUCGAGGAAGCGAUUGAGCAUGUCACUGAAAUGAUACUGCAUCCCAGCUUUCUGACUCGAAAUUCCACCAUUGCCGGUAUGCACAAGUGCAACAACUCCCAUCUGCUGAUGGAUGGUAAGUACUUGGACAUCGGCGAAGAUCUGAACGUACCUGAUGACUUCACACAGAGCGAAAUGCAGAGUGGCAUGUGGUGGCGACACCUGGCCGCGGGAGGAAUAGCGGGAGCAGUCUCGCGAACCUGUACGGCACCACUCGAUCGACUGAAAGUAUUCCUGCAGGUUCAAUCUAGUAAACAGCGAAUCUCAGACUGUCUGCAGUACAUGCUGAAGGAGGGAGGCGUCCAGAGCUUGUGGCGCGGUAACUUCAUCAAUGUGCUGAAAAUCGCACCGGAAUCCGCCAUCAAGUUCGCCGCUUACGAGCAGGUCAAGCGGUUGAUUCGGGGCAACGACAAACGCCAGAUGACCAUCUACGAGCGGUUCGUGGCGGGUGCCUGUGCCGGCGGUGUUUCCCAGUCCGCCAUCUAUCCACUAGAAGUAUUAAAAACCCGACUAGCGCUAAGGAAAACCGGACAAUACAGUAGUAUAAUUGACGCGGCCACCAAGAUCUACCGUCGGGAAGGUCUACGAUCGUUCUACCGUGGCUACAUUCCAAACAUGCUCGGUAUCAUACCGUACGCCGGUAUCGAUCUGGCCGUAUACGAAACGCUGAAGAAGAAGUAUUUGAGCCAUCACGAGACGGAACAGCCCAGUUUCUGGUUGCUGUUGGCGUGCGGUAGCGCCUCCAGUACACUUGGGCAGGUGUGCUCCUAUCCGCUGGCGCUGGUGCGGACACGACUGCAGGCACAAGCGGUCACCAUUGGCUCGCAAAAUCCAGCGGACGGAUUGACGGCCCAGGUGCAGCCGAACAUGUCCAACGUGUUCAAGCGAAUACUGCAAACCGAAGGCCCCCUGGGUCUGUACCGGGGCAUAACACCCAACUUCAUCAAGGUGCUACCAGCCGUCUCGAUCAGCUACGUGGUGUACGAGUACUCGAGCCGUGCCCUCGGCGUGAACAUGACGUGAUUUGCUUCGACUUGGGCGUUCGUUUUUCAGCUACUACUGCUGCUACUACUAGCUCCGCUCGUCAUGCUGCAAAUUCUACUGGCCGCCACUAGACUGGUGGUGGCCAUUCAACUAACAGUCAUCUCCGUCGGUUUUCCUCACCAUCAUCGUUAUCGUUGCCGCCGCGCUAUUCCUGCUGUUGCCGCCGCUGCCGUUUUUCUCGAUGAAGCAGCGGCUUGGUUUAUUCAGCUAUUCAUCUUCUACAUUGUUCUUCAUGCUGAUCCUUCUGUCAUUUUGUCACUACUGGAUACCGUACCCAAGAUGUCAAAGGAAGGAAACGGAGAAUAUAAAACAUCCGUCGUUGUGAAACGAGUUCUUUUUGCAAAACCAGACCCUAACAGCGAACCUACAGGCCCGUGCUUUAAUUUUCUUUUAAGAUGUACAUACUGCAAUUUAAUUUAUUUUCCAAUUCAUUUUUUUAUAACUAGCAACAAAUUUCAAAUGCCUGUUUUAGAAAGUAAUUAGUUCUUUUUUCACAAUUUAGAAGUGCUACAAACACACACACACACACACACACACUCAAUAAGAGACAUUUAUACGAUUCCAAUGUUAAUUGCGAAUUAAAGCAAAAGCUAAAGUGUUAUUGCAACUGAACCGUUCAAGUCUCUCUAAAAUCUCCGGUAUUUUAAAAACAAACACAUCCAUUAACAAGCAAAACAUUGAACCGGACAGAAACCGUAUAAGCGAAGCUUAUAAUAGCAGUUAACAAGUAGGAACUUUUCUCAAGUUAUUUAUUUUAUCUUUUAGUUCAGCAUUAGGUGUAUUAGCAAAUUUUGCAAACGGUAUGGAUGUUAUUAUUAUUCCACAUUCGAGCAAAGCAACUGGUGUCAAACUUAGCUUCAUAGAAAAACAAAAACAAAAAACGAUAUUUUGGAAAGCAGAAAACGAUGGCGUUGGGUUUGCACCGGCUGAAUCGGUAUGCGCCUUUCCGGUUAGGAUAGUAGAAUACAGAUAGAUGACGGGUUCCUUUCUCGAGAGUGGCGCUCCCGUCGUCGCGUGAUCUCCGCGGCCGGUUCCGCGGGGCAGGCGAACGAUGGUGUUGCCCUUUCCGCAAAAUGGGAGCGAAACGGAUUUACUUCCUGCGGAUGUGUGUUGAGUGUGAAUGUGCGUGCGAGAGCGUGAAUGUGGACUUAGAUAGGAAUGGAAGAAAGGUCUAUUAGGAUUCCUUUUUGUAAUCCGCUUUUUGUUUAGCUAGACUUUUUUCCCCGAAAUACUUCGAGGCAGAUGGGUAAGACAGAGAGCAGAAUAUGAAAAUUUUUCAAAACUUUUCUUAAAUUUUUACGAUAUAAAAUCAUUGACAACAUAUGUUAGACUUGAAUUUUGGACGAGUUGAAAGCUUGCGAGUUGCAUCCUUCAAAUGUGGAGAAUGCAGUGUCGUUUUUUCAGUUAUUUACUAAAAUAGGCUUCGGUAAAUUGUUGAGGUGAUUAUGUAAUGGCACAAUAGAGGAUUGAUAAGCGUAAACAGAUCUGUUGAUGUGAAAGUAAUCAUUACCGGAAACCAAAAGUGACUAAAAUAAUGCAAAAUUGAGACUUUUUCUUUGAAAUAUAGCGAUUUAUUUGAAAUUUA